ACCGGAGGAUGAACGAGAAACUGACCCGGAACUGACUCACAAAAUAUCCAAACGAAACAUUCGAGCUGAUAAUUCACCAAUAUURAACACCACAAAACARWCGCUUAAAGAACAAAUCACAAAAACCAUUCAUCAAGAGGUUGGUAAAGCAGUGUCAAAGCUACAAUCUGCGAGAUACUGGAUUCCUAUUCCAGGCCCUCCCGGUCCACAAGGAGAGAAAGGACAGAAAGGUGAUGUAGGGACAAAAGGACCACGUGGACCAAGAGGAAAGCUUGGGAGAAGAGGAAAACGAGGACCACAUGGYUUGAAAGGUGAUCCGGGAGAAAAUGGAGCUGCCGGUCCACAAGGCAUGCCGGGACCGAAGGGGGAUCCUGGUCCUUCCCUAGCACCACCAUCAGUAAACAUUUCGCCCUCACAUUUGGUUAUCAAUGAAAGUCAAACGGCCACUUUGCAUUGUUCUGCUAUCAGUUACCCACGACCUGCUGUAGUUUGGAGUAAAGAAAACGGUUCGUUGCCRAAAGGAAGAUCUUCUGUUGACAGCAAAGGAAAACUUGAACUGAAGCAAGUCGUUUCAUCUGAUACAGGAACAUAUGUAUGCAAAGCUUUUAACAUUCUUGGUAGCAAACACAGCAAAUCGACAAUUGAAGUGAACUCUCGACCAAGAGUAACCUUGAUCAGUGGACCAGUAUAUGAAAAGAUAGGUACGGACAUUGUUAUGCCAAAAUGUCACGUGACAGGACAUCCUAAACCAAAGAUCACGUGGUCAAAGUCUACUGGUUCGUGGAAUAUCAGCCGAAGCGUCAUUACAGAUGGACAGAUGACRCUCUUUAGAGCAAACAAAGAAGAUUCUGGGACAUAUUUGUGUAAAGCUGAAAAUCUUCUUGGCUCAGUUACAAAAGGAACAAUUCUUAUUGUUGUUGAGCUGCCAAGAUUCACUAUAAAACCUCCUACAUCACUUGUCACCUUUCCUGGAAAAAGUUUUCGUCUCAAUUGUAAAGCUACAGGAGAGCCUAAACCAGUCAUAACAUGGAGAAGAGAAAAUGGCGUUCUUCCUAUUGGCAGGCAUGAAGUAAGAGAUGGUUCGUUGAUCCUCAAAGAUUCCAAAACAACAGAUUCGGGUGUGUAUAUUUGUACUGCAACAAGUGCUGGUGUUUUCCACAAAGAAUCAAGAUCCACUAUCAAGGUUCAAUUUAGAGAUUGUUCGGAAAUCUUCAAAUCAGGAGAGAGACGUAAUGGCGAAUACACAGUGAAUCCUGACAACCAACGUAGCUUUCAAGUGUACUGUGACAUGACAACGGACGGUGGGGGGUGGACUGUGUUUCAGAGAAGACAUGAAUCGGUCGAUUUUCAUCGCAAUUGGCAACGAUACAAAACAGGUUUUGGAAACCUGAAUGGCGCGUUUUGGUUGGGUAACGAUUACAUCCAUCGACUGACAGCAAGAACAGCAUCAAGUCUUCGCGUGGAAAUCGGGGACUGGGACGGAUCUCGGAAGUAUGCCAAAUAUGGUAGUUUUAGUGUAGGUGAUGAGUCAGACAAGUACAGGUUGAGUGUUGGCGGGUAUUCGGGUACAGCUGGAGACUCAAUGACAUAUCACAACAACUGGGCUUUUACCACCAAAGAUAGAGAUAACGAUGGUCGUUCAGGCGGUAAUUGUGCAGUUGAUCGUACCGGUGCGUGGUGGUAUUAUAACUGUGCAUACUCUAAUCUUAAUGGAAAGUAUUUAGGAAACGUACUUAAGAUGGGUGGCUUAGAGUGGUUCCAUUUCAAAGGUAGCUGGCAGUCCUUUAAAACAAGUGAAAUGAAGCUUCGACCACAAAACCAUAAAUAUCGUCAAAGCAUAAUAAGGACGUUCGUUUUCUUUUGGUCUUCAAAAAUGAUGGAAAAAGUUGCUCCUACGCGUUCUUCAUCAGUGUUCACCAUCGUGGCUUCACUACUAGCAAUGCUGCUUUUGUGUUUUGGAGAAUUUGUGCGYAUUGAGAUMGUCUUAAAAAGGCAAACGAAUCGGCUUGAUGAAUUUGAGAAGUUAACAACCUCAACACAACGUGACAGGAAUACCGCAAGUAUUGAUGAUCGCCAUUCUUCAAAAUAUAAUCAAGAAUUUGUGAAUAUGAAGCUAAUGCUAUAUGCUCAAACCUCAAGUAUAAAGAAAUUAGAAAGAGAGGUUAUUUUCUUAAAGAGGAACUCGAAACAUGUUGACAAUUUCUCGGCAAACAAACCGGAGGAUGAACGAGAAACUGACCCGGAACUGACUCACAAAAUAUCCAAACGAAACAUUCGAGCUGAUAAUUCACCAAUAUUGAACACCACAAAACAGUCGCCUAAAGAACAAAUUAUAAGAAUAAUUCAUCAAGAGGUUGGUAAAGCAGUGUUAAAGCUACAAUCUGCGAGAUACUGGAUCCCUAUUCCAGGACCUCCCGGUCCACAAGGAGAGAAAGGACAGAAAGGUGACGUAGGGACAAAAGGACCACGUGGACCAAGAGGAAAGCUUGGAAGAAGAGGAAAACGAGGACCACGUGGUUUGAAAGGUGUUCCGGGAGAGCCUGGAGUUCCUGGUCCCCGAGGUAUGCCGGGAUUGAAGGGGGAUCCUGGUCCUUCCCUAGCACCACCAUCAGUAAUUAUUUCGCCCUCACAUUUGGUUAUCAAUGAAAGUCAAACGGCUAUAUUGCAUUGUUCUGCUAUCGGUUACCCACGACCUGCUGUAGUUUGGAGUAAAGAAAACGGUUCGCUGCCGAAAGGAAGAUCUUCUAUUGACAGCAACGGUAAACUUGAACUGAGACAAGUCGCUUCAUCUGAUACAGGAACAUAUGUAUGCAAAGCUUUUAACAUCCUUGGUAACAAACACAGCAAAUCGACAAUUGAAGUGAACUCUCGACCUAGAGUGACCUUGAUCAGUGGACCAGUAUAUGAAAAGAUAGGUACGGACAUUGUUAUGCCAAAAUGUCACGUGGCAGGACAUCCGAAACCAAAGAUCACGUGGUCAAAGUCUAUUGGUUCAUGGAAUAUCAGCCGAAGCGUCAUUGCAGAAGGACAAAUGACACUUUUGAGAUCGAGAAAAGAGGAUUCUGGGAUAUAUCUGUGUAAAGCUGAAAAUCUUCUUGGAUCAGUUACAAAAGGAACAAUUCUUAUUGUUGUUGGGCUGCCAAGAUUCACUAUAAAACCACCUACAUCACUCGUCACCUUUCGUGGAAAAACUAUUCGCCUGAAUUGUAGUGCUACAGGAGAGCCUAAACCAGUCAUAACAUGGAGAAGAGAAAAUGGUGUUCUUCCUAUUGGCAGGCAUGAAGUAAGAGAUGGUUCUUUGAUAAUCAAAAAUUCAAAAAUAACAGAUUCGGGCGUGUAUGUUUGUACUGCAACAAGUCCUGGUAUUUCCCACAAAGAAUCAAGAUCUACUAUCAAGGUUCCUUUUAAAGAUUGUUCGGAAAUCUUCCAAUCAGGAGAGAGANCCUCACAUUUGGUUAUCAAUGAAAGUCAAACGGCUAUAUUGCAUUGUUCUGCUAUCGGUUACCCACGACCUGCUGUAGUUUGGAGUAAAGAAAACGGUUCGCUGCCGAAAGGAAGAUCUUCUAUUGACAGCAACGGUAAACUUGAACUGAGACAAGUCGCUUCAUCUGAUACAGGAACAUAUGUAUGCAAAGCUUUUAACAUCCUUGGUAACAAACACAGCAAAUCGACAAUUGAAGUGAACUCUCGACCUAGAGUGACCUUGAUCAGUGGACCAGUAUAUGAAAAGAUAGGUACGGACAUUGUUAUGCCAAAAUGUCACGUGGCAGGACAUCCGAAACCAAAGAUCACGUGGUCAAAGUCUAUUGGUUCAUGGAAUAUCAGCCGAAGCGUCAUUGCAGAAGGACAAAUGACACUUUUGAGAUCGAGAAAAGAGGAUUCUGGGAUAUAUCUGUGUAAAGCUGAAAAUCUUCUUGGAUCAGUUAUAAAAGGAACAAUUCUUAUUGUUGUUGGGCUGCCAAGAUUCACUAUAAAACCACCUACAUCACUCGUCACCUUUCGUGGAAAAACUAUUCGCCUGAAUUGUAGUGCUACAGGAGAGCCUAAACCAGUCAUAACAUGGAGAAGAGAAAAUGGUGUUCUUCCUAUUGGCAGGCAUGAAGUAAGAGAUGGUUCUUUGAUAAUCAAAAAUUCAAAAAUAACAGAUUCGGGCGUGUAUGUUUGUACUGCAACAAGUCCUGGUAUUUCCCACAAAGAAUCAAGAUCUACUAUCAAGGUUCCUUUUAAAGAUUGUUCUGAAAUCUUCCAAUUAGGAGAGAGACGUAAUGGCGAAUACAUAGUAGCUCCAGACAACCAAGGUAGCUUCCAUGUGUACUGUGACAUGACAACUGAUGGUGGGGGGUGGACCUUGUUCCAGCGUCGUAAAGACGGAUCGGUCGAUUUUCAUCGCAAUUGGCAGCAAUACAAAACAGGUUUUGGAAACUUGAAUGGCGAGUUUUGGCUGGGUAACGAUUACAUCCAUCGACUGACAGCAAGAACACCAUCAAGUCUUCGCGUGGAAGUCGGGGACUGGGAUGGAACUCAGAUCUACGCCAAAUAUGGUAGCUUUAGUGUAGGUGAUGAAUCAAACAAGUACAGGUUGAGUGUUGGCGGGUAUUCGGGUACAGCUGGAGACUCAAUGGCAUAUCAUAACAACUGGUCUUUUACCACCAAAGAUAGAGAUAACGAUGGUCAUAGUAGUGGUAAUUGUGCAGUUCUGUAUACCGGUGCGUGGUGGUAUGAUUACUGUGAAUACUCUAAUCUUAAUGGAAAGUAUUUAGGAAACGUAGUUAAGACGGGUGGCUUAGAGUGGCGCCAUUACAAAAGUAACUUGCAGUCUUUUAAAACAAGUGAAAUGAAGCUUCGACCACAAAACCAUAAAUAACUGUAGAUCUUUUUAUAGAAUGAUAGACACUGACUCUUUURCGUCACUACUUGAUUUUCAAUGCAUUGUGGGAUCAGUUUAUAGAGAAAACAAAAGAAAUCGGCCAUGUUACGUUCUAACCCAAUCCUGCAAUGCAUUGUGGUGGAUACGGUAUACGUACGUAACKCAAAAGAUUCAGAGAUCUAUUGAUAUAUAACGAAUGCUCUGAUUAUUUCUGUAUGUAGAGCUCAAAAAUACAUGCUGGAAUCAUUUUUUUAAUAAUAUAUAUAUAAUUUCAAAGAGGCAAGAUUUGCUGUGACUCCGAGUUUCGCGCUACGCACUCAUCAGACAGUAUUUAGUAUAAUUAGCUCUAMACUUWAUGUGUAUUGAGCAUUCUUUAAUGGGAUCAACUACUUCCUCAUACGAUAAAAUAAAUAAAGAAAUAUA